AUGUUCAAGCGAGUGAAUGCUGCAAAAACCGUCACGACCUCUUUGCUACCUUUGAACGCAAAUACUUGUGGGAAUAUCGUAUCAAAUGACUUUCUGACUGCACAACAACUGCAACAGCAGCGGCAGAAUACCAUGUUUGGGUCGACCUUACAACCGGCACCACAAAUGAUGCAUCCUCCGCUCACUUCGAAUCAUAUUCAACAAACUCCCAUGCAACAAUCUCCCAAUUUAUUUCCUUCUCAACUGCACCCUUUGCAAAUUCCUGCACAACAACUUCACGCCCAAUCUUCCCAACGAGAUGUGACAUUAAACAUUGGAAAUCCUUCUGGAGUCUGUAACCUUGGUGGGAUGACUUCGGGGACUACUAGCGUUGGCGGAGCCUACCCGAGUAAAUUACAACGAAUUUAA